UCCAACUUAGACGCGCAAUUCGAAUCAGUCACGAAAAUAAAGCUAUUUGAAAAUCGAUUAUAAUAGUUAUUCUCAAAUCAAAAAUCCUCGAAUCAGUUUGAGUGAUAUGAAGAUCUUACUGAUAAUCUUUGGUUUUGCUUUGAUUGCAACAGUAGAAGCUGCAAAAUCGUGUGAACCGAAACGUUACAGUGUCGUAUGUUACCUAGCGAGCUGGUCAGUGUAUCGCGAUGGUAAAGGUGCAUUCAAGAUCAAUUACAUUCUUCCCAAUUAUUGCACCCAUCUGAUAUAUACUUUUGCUGGGCUGAAUCUGGCAGGGGGUGUGGAUUCACUUGACUACUUCAACGAUAUUAACGUAAAUAAGGGUUACGAGAAAAUUGUUCAACUCAAAGAGGAGAAUCCUUGCCUGAAAGUGAUACUGGCUAUUGGGGGUUGGAAUGAGGGAUCCGAAAAGUACUCACUGAUGGCUGAAUCCGAAGAAACAAGAAACGCUUUCGCUGAUCACGCUCUCCGCUUUCUAGUUCAAUAUGGUUUCGAUGGACUCGAUGUGGACUGGGAAUACCCUACGAUGAGAGGUGGACUUCCCGAGGACAGAGAAAAUUUUGUUCUUUUGUUGGAGGCCUUGCACACGAAGUUCGAGCAUCGCAAAAAACUUCUAACCAUCGCUAUGAGCGGUUCAACCAGUGUCAUACAAGAGGCGUAUAAUUUAACUGCGAUUUGUGAGAUAUUGGAUUUUAUUAAUCUUAUGGGCUACGACUACAGCGUUAGACAAAAAACAAGCGUAGAUGCACCGUUGUACUCGGAUACUACAACGAAAUCCGAAUCCGUCGACAGCGCCAUUUCGUUCAUACGUAAAAGUGGAUGUCCAUUAAGUAAAAUACAUUUAGGCAUUUCAACCAUGGCUAAGACGUACACUCUAAAACCUGAAGCAGUAAACCGAGUGUCUCCGGGCAGUGAUGUGAAAGGACCGGGCAGAGCCGGACCAUUCACAAAAAGCGCUGGUGUUCUUGGUUACAACGAACUGUGUCAAAUGCUAAUGGACAGUAAGUGGACUGUCAAACCGAUGCGAAAUGUUGGGGUAAAAAUUGCUGCUCUGGAUGAUCAGUGGGUUACAUUUGAUGAUCGUGAAACGGUUGCUGAAAAGGCUCAGUAUGUUAAGAGCAAGGGGCUUGGUGGAGUCAUGUUUUGGACGGUCGACACCGACGAUUUCCAUGGAGACUGUCACAAUGAGGCAUAUCCUUUACUCGCAGCUGCUAACAGAGUGUUGAAAUGAACUUAAAGCAAAAAUCAAAGACGUUUCAGACAAUAAAUCUGUUAAUGUUAAUAAAUGUUAAUCUGUUUCAAGGA